AUGGCAGUGAAUAGAUCAAAACGUGUAUCUUCUGGUCCUAUCCCAAAAAAAUCGCGAUUAGAAAUGAAUGUUCGUCAGCUGCUUAAUAAAUGUGAGCUGAUAGCAAAGCAGGAGCCUUUAGAGAGCAAUUGGAGACUAAAGCAAUAUGUUGAAUCUUUAAGCGAAAUGAUUACGGAACUUAAGACUGGUCCCGAUAAACCAGCAAAGGAUGUUUUGGCCGAAUACACCAAGAGAGCUGCAUUCUUGAAGGGUGUGGUUCAGACAGCAACAUUGAAUACUCCUAUUGAAAAAUUGGAAGCUAUUCAACAGUUAUCCCAUGGAGCAGCAACCAUGUCUGCUGAUGCUUCAGCACAGGAAAUACAUCAGAAGACAGUUGUUAAGUAUGGAGUGGAACUUCGAUCUGAACUGUUUGGAUUGGAGGACAGUGACAAUGCUUUACGGAAACGGAACAUCAUAAAGGCUCCAAACUUUACCAGCAACAGUAGCAGCCAGGAAGAUAUGGACUCCCUGCUGAAAUACCAUCAAAAUAUGCAAGAGAAAGUAGCUGAAAAUAUGGUUCUUCUGACCAAGAGUCUCAAGGAGCAAUCACAGAUAGCUAGCACAAUCAUUAAAGCAGAUGCUGAGGCAUUGAAGAAAUCCUCAGAUCUGACAGACAAAAAUUUGUCAUCACUUCAAGUAGAAUCUGAACGGCUACAAGAGCACAGUCGAAGCGCCUGGAAAUGUUGGCUCUGGAUUAUGCUGGCUGUUGUCAUGCUUAUAUUUAUAAAUAUGGUGCUAUUCAUGAGGGUUAUGAAAAAAAGAAAAUUCGAUGUGUAA